AACAACGUGGUCUUGAUAUCCUUAAAAUCUUCGCUACCUGUCGUGUGCUUUUUCUUGGAAUGUUACUUGUUUGGAAGUAACUACAUAAACGGUGGUAGAACGAAUUAACAACCCAAAUUAAACGAGAUACGCCUAAAAGUCGAGAGCAUAGGCUUUAUAUACCAAAAGAAACUGAAAACGACGGGAUUUGAAUUGAAUCUGCUACAAUUUAGCACUAGGAAAGAGUUUGGGUAGUUCAAAGUGAAAAACGAAGCGAUUUGCCACUCAUAAAAUCUGUUUGUAGAUCGUUUGCUGCACUUUGCAAUUUCAAGACCUAUUUUUCAUUGGAAACGUGUUUUAUUAUCGCGCAAAUUAUAAAGGUUGCGUUUGUUGAGCAGGGGUUUUCUAAAAACAGGCAAUAUAUCCAAAAAUAAUUAAUCGUUUGGAGCAGUAUAACCAUUGUUGUAUGCGUUCAGUCUGACGUGCAUAACUUAAUACAGUCAUACCAUACCGUAUUGCUGGGCUUGGUCGCGUUUUUUAUAUCUCUACUCCUUUGUGUAGAUUAAUUAUUUGUCGUUUGCUUGUCGGUUGUAUGGGUUGCGUUGAAUCUAGGCUAACGUAAAGGAUUUGUAUUUUCUCAUUAUUGUCUAGUCUUUUUUAAUCAUUAUUUAUUUGCGGUUGGUGCUGAUUGUUGUUUGUUUUCUAAUUUUCUUUCCUUGUUGACCUUCAAUAAACAUCGUUCUCUUUUUGGGUUAAAACCCGACGCUCCUUUAAAGAUUGUGAUUUAGUUCAUUCAUUGAAUGACUCUGUCUCUUUGGGUGUUUUGACGCCAAUUUAUCAUCUAAUUCUGUAUCUUCAUCAUACUUAGAUUUGUUUGUUUAGGAAGCGUUUCUCCUCCUUCCUUCAUACAUAAACUCCUUCUUUACCUAUUUCUUCACUUUUAUCUACACCAUAAGUCACUUCUUUUUUAUUCUUCCCCUUUUUUGUUGUCUUCUUACCAUCUCUCCAUUUCUCGAUAUCUCGCAUUCCGACCUAUCCCUACUAAUCUUUAAAAUCUUCAUUCAAUCUCUGCAGCCUUUUAGUGUCGUUUUAGCGGCCUUUUUUUUCGAAGAUUUAAUUUCUUGGACAUAUAAUACUCGUACGUGUUUUCCUUUUCUUUUCCCUUAUUUACCCCCUUUUACUUUUAAUACAAAAAAAAAGGAGUAUUUCUUAUAAAUCUAUAAUUAAUCCUAAUUGGUUACUGAUCUCUAAUUCCCUUUUAAUUAUACCUCUCUACAAUUAGCGAUGAACCAGGCUACUAAUACAGCUCCUUCUAAUUCUCGUCAUCAACAUUCUUCUUCCAGUGUUAAUGCUGGAACAGCAAAUGUUAUGAUUUCUACUCCUACAGGAGUUUCAAAUUGUCAGACAAAGGAAACAGUACCUUUAACAAACAAUUCUAAUAAUCAAUCAAAAUUGUUGACAGAUCAAUCAAAGAGCUCUAAUUUUAUGAGUACCACUCAGAAAACCAAGAAGGAUGCCAAUGGAUCUACCCAAAAGGUUAAGCAGUAUGUUUGCACUAUUUGCACCCGCGCUUUUGCGCGUUUGGAACACUUGAAGAGGCAUAUUCGCUCUCAUACCAAUGAAAAGCCUUUUGUCUGUCAAGAUAUUGAUGGUUUGCCGAUUGGUUGCGGUCGUUUGUUUUCCAGACGUGAUUUGCUUCUUCGUCAUCAACAGAAAAUUCAUAAAAAUCCUCAACCAAGAAGACGAAGACGUUCGACAAACUCUAUCCCCAAUAUGACUGUCGCGGACGCCCAGUCUUUUAUUGCAAAUAUGAAUGCUCCUAACAAACGCCCGCUACCUCAACCAUCCACAAAUGCCGAUUCCCUUAGAUUCUCCAAUCUUCAAUCUUCGAAUCAACAACCCUCGGUUUCUUCUCCUUCUGCAUCUUCCCUCUAUUCUAAUGCCGGUUGGCUUGAAUCUCAAAAGCAACGUUUAGUAUCUGCAGUUAAUGUUGGUGAUGCUGUAGCCUCUAGUUUACCCUCUACUUCAUUUCCUUCUUCCGCAGGUUAUCCUAUACCAAAUCCCUCUGUUGGUUUGCAAGACAAUUCUUUGUUUUUCCGUCGCGCAACAAUCGCCCAUGAACUAUUUCCUCCUGUUCAAUAUCAACCAAUGUCAGGUUUGUACGAUCAGAAAAGUCCUGACUGUAAUUAUUCAUCUUUUGAUGAUGACCCUUCUUUAUUAUCAUAUCCUUCAUUUUCCAAAAAUGCAGGUUCAAGUACUUACUGGAACAAAUUGACUGUUCCUGAAACUAUUCCUGAGGGUCACGAAGUUGAUAAAUCUGAUUGGGGUCAUUUUUCUGAUCCUUUGUCUGUUCCAGUGUCUCAGGGUAUGAAUUCAAAUGACAUUCUUGCAUUCUUUCAGCCAUCUCCUCAUCCAUCACCCAAAGAAGCCAGCAAUGCAAAUACCCCAAGUAACUACCGUUUAGAAACAUCUAAUAAUUCUAAUACGAGUUCAGUUGAUUAUGUUCGACCAGAUCAUGUUGAGAACGCUGCCCCUAAUACUAUGUCUCCAAUGGGGAAUAUUUUUUCUCCUAGUUAUUAUAGUCCUGACUCGAUGAUGCAACCUUCUAUGGCGGCUAGUCCCACAACUUUGCCACCAACCAUGCGAAUGUCGUCGUUUGGGAGUGUGGAUGCGAACUUGGCUUCAGAUGUUUAUGACACAGAUGCAUUUCCUCCAAGUGGGUAUGUAGGCAUGGAUGGAGUUAAAGGCUUUGAAAACCCCGAAAGGAUUGCAUCGACUCCAAGUGCAGCUGCAACUAAUUAUCUUGGUCCGGUUAGUGAGGAAUAUACUGAUAUUAUCAACGGUGGGUUAGCACAGGAGAUGCUGUACGCGGAUAAUAAUGAUUAUCGACAAGACAGGUUUAAUCCUGCUAUGUUAGGCAAUUUGGAAUCUUACGGUGCUCGUCCUCCUUUUCACCGUAACAGUACUUCUACUUCUAAGUGGUCAUCUGAUUUGGAUUAUAUCUCCUCUAGCAUACCGAACUUUAGUACUGGUUUAGAACAACCUUCAGAGCAUGCUACCUUUUAUUGAUACAUUUUAUUUCUUAUAUUCCAUUUCUUAAAAUUCGUUGAUGUUUAAUUUUUUUUUUUAAAAAAAAAAGGAAAGACGUGUUUCGGUUCAUAUUUUUUGACAACAAAUUACUUUGGUGAGAGUUACAUUCAUAAAAAAUUAAUCUCAAUCUAGUGUUUGUACAAUCAGCAGUUCAUGUGUAUAGAAAGUAUCGUUAGAAUUCAGGAUCUGAAAC